GCAGUGGUUAUUAUAACAUCAUCAAACACAAUGGAUAGUUUCUCUACAUCAUCAUUAGAGGUUACAGAAAAAGAGUCAUCCAAAACUAUUAAUAUUAAAGAAAGUCAAGUCUCUGUAACCAAAAUACAGUUAAAACACGAAUCAACAACCACCACAGUAGCGAAACCAGAAUUCCUAAGCAAACAACUCAAUAAAGUCGAAAUUAAACCGACCACCAACGUGAUUUUCUCCAUUAAAUCGCCAAAAAUAAUUGAAGAACAAUCAAGACCCAAAACAUUGAACUUUGAUAGCGAUGUUAACAGGACGGCAAACCUCCCCUGAGCUUCAAGUUCAAGAAAAACAGUCCAAAGAAGGUUUUAACCCCUGAAGCACCCAAGAAGAGUCUCUCUGUAAGUCUCGACGAAGAUAAUCGAUCUUCUUCACAAGAUAGCCUCGAUUUGUUGAGCGACAGCUCAGAAGGCGUCGCUUUAAGACGCAAAUCACUAGCUAAGAAAAAGGUGACGAGCCUGUGUUAAUGAAGGUGUUUGCUAGACGGUUGAUGAAGAUUAGAGAUUCGGAUGCUGAGUCGUUAUCUCAAGAGUUGAAAGAGAAGGAGG